GGAAUAGUUACUUUGAACUAGUUCGUUCCGGAACGACACAACUCUACAAAAUUACAUGAAAAGAUUCUUUUAAGAAAAUACAAAAAAAAUAGAAAGUAUUUUCGUAUAAUAACAAAAUCAUGUCAAGUUUACAACGAACAGUGCUAAAAGGUCGUUUGCCUCCCACAAUUCCUGGCACAAGAAUUGGUCGCAGCGAUUCUUUUAAAAAAUCAAGAGUGAGAGAUUUCAAACCAUCACUGUGGAGUGAAUUCUUUGCCGAAAAGGAGGAUGUCCAAGUCGAUGAGAAGCGUUUAUUCCGCAUAUAUCGCACAAAACAGCCGGAAAAGCCGGGACCAUUGUUGUUACUCUUGCAUGGCGGUGGAUAUUCGGCAUUAACAUGGGCUCAUUUUUGCACCGAAAUAACCAAUAUGAUUCAUUGCCAAUGUCUAUCUAUAGAUCUGCGAGGCCAUGGAGACACAGUUACCGAUGAUGAUGAUGACUUGUCUGCAGAUACUUUGGCUAAGGAUAUAGGUGAUCUCCUGUUGAAACUUUAUCCAACAAAUAUGCCACCUGUUUAUGUCGUUGGUCAUUCUAUGGGCGGUGCUAUUGCUGUACAUUUUGCCCAUUUGGAGUUAAUUCCAAAUCUGAUUGGCAUCACCGUCAUAGAUGUUGUCGAGGGAACUGCCAUGGAAGCUUUGGCAAGUAUGCAAAGUUUUUUACGUUCGCGACCACAAUAUUUUAAAAGUAUACCAAAUGCUAUUGAAUGGUGCAUACGUAGCGGACAAAUACGUAACAUUGAUAGUGCUAAGGUUUCAAUGCCGGGACAAAUAAUUAACUGCACAACAAAAAAGUUGGCCACCAAUGAAUUGCCACUCGCCGAUGAUGAAUCUGCCGAAGAUACUGCCAACACCAAGUUUACACAUCCUUUCAGUAUCUCUGAAGAUGAGGAAGUUGCCGAUGAGGGUGAGGAACCGAAAUCUCCCGAAUUCAAAAGACCCACAACAACUGCCACCGAAGAGAACACCAAAAAAUACACUUGGCGCAUAGAUCUAUCAAAGUCCGAAAAAUAUUGGGUUGGCUGGUUUUCGGGCUUAAGUGAGAAGUUUCUCAAUUUACGUUUGCCCAAACAACUUUUGUUAGCCAGCAUUGAUGGUCUAGACAAAGCUCUAACUGUAGGCCAAAUGCAGGGACGUUUUCAGAUGCAGGUUUUGGCUCGUUGUGGCCACGCUGUACACGAAGAUCGCCCACAUGAAGUAGCCGAAGUACUUAGUGGUUAUUUGAUUCGCAAUCGUGUGGCCGAAACAGCAGGAGAAUUUCGUUGUCAUAUGCCAGCUUGUUAAAUUUGGCCAAUGGAUCUCUGCCCUAUUGCAUACUCUCACACACACACACUUCCAAAAAUGUGUCAAGUAAUGCAAAAUAAAGCCAAUAAACGGAUUUUAUUUGUGAUUAUGAAAUUUUUAUGAUAUUUUCCCCAAAUUUGGUCACAAUUUCUUAUAAAUAAGAAAACAUAUUUAUUAUUACAACAAAAUAAUAAAUUUAUGAUAUCAAUUACUAAAACUUUAUUAAAUUAUAAGUAUUCAUAUUAAUUUGCGUUCAUCGAUUUUGGCUUGAAAUAAAUUUCAAUAACAAAACUCA